AUGGCCCCAGGCAGCAAAAAGAAGACGACACACCCAGCAGGAGAGACGAAGUGGUCAGAGUCCCAACUUCGCGCCGCUGGAGUGUUGCUUCCAAAGAAGUCGCAGGACACCACAUCAAAAGUUGAUCGCCCGUCUGAGUGCGCUAGAGCGUACGCCCUGCGUGACCAGGUGCUGUCUGCGCUCGUCAGAGGUGACAAUCUUCGCCUCUAUCCUUUGCUCAGAUCAUUGGGCCAACUCCGUGUGACCAGACAAGUACUGGCUGUCACUGGCAUUGGCCAUUUGGUAGCGGACGCGUCCUUGUGGAGACGGUCGCCGCACCCCCGGGCUGUGAUAUUCUCAAUGGUUCUGAAACAAAAGUGGCUUCUGGACGUCAGGGGAACUGAUUCAUUGGACAUCUUAGGCGCUGAUGUGCGCGGAGAGUUGAAAGGUUUCAAGAACGAGUCUUUCCUCUGCACAGUGAAUGUUUGGGCAGAUGUUCUGGAAGAGAUGGAUUCGCCGCCAAUGCUUUGUCGUCUCCGGCAGCGCCUGGGUCUGAUUCUCACGUUGCGCGGCUUCGACCACAUCAGCCACCUGGGCGGUUCAACGGCCGAGGAGCUCGACGGCGUGAUAGAUUCACCGGCGUUGAGAGCUGCCACACGUCGCUUGCUGGCGCGCGCGGCUCUAAUUCAGCCGAGGGCGAUAGAACUCGCCCCAGCGGAGCCAGCACCCCCAUCUGUUUCAUCGGCAGAGGGAUUCGCCGACACCAUAUCGCCACAAGUUGUGAGAGAGCUGGAAGAUCACGUGUCGGCUGAACUCAACAGCAUGGGCAUUGUGAAUUUCGACCGAGACGCGAAGCCCAUGGACGUCAUCCGUAGACUGGCAGCAGCGAAAGCUCGAGGGCAGAACCCGCAUAGCGUUCUGCAAGAACGCGUUUGCCUCCUGAAGACGGAGUCUGCCAGGGCUUCGCUAGCCAGCGUGUCGAGUGCCCUCAAGGCGUGGCAUGCUUUCGCAGUGCAUAUUCUGGGAAUGCCCGCCCAGACAACUUUGCCGCCGCGCUCGGAGACCCAAGCGUGCGAAUUCCUUGCAAUAUUCCGGUCUGGGAAGACGGCCAGCAACUACAUCGGAUACGUGAAAUGGACAUGCGUACAUUUGAACUUGGACGUGUCGUGGCACGGGGGCGCAGUCCGCCAGACCUUAGCAGGUGUUCACAAGCGUUCUCUGCGGUACACGGGAGGGCCUGCCAGGGUUGCGCACUUGCUGACAUCAGCUGUUCUGAACAAGGUGAUCCAGUUGGCAGAUGCUGCACGGUUGUGCAAUGGAUUCCAGGAGCUGGUCGUCAUCAGCUGGGCUUUCCUCUUGCGGGUGCGGGCGGCCGAUAAGAAAUUAUCAGCAGGUGUUCAGUGGCACGAGGCUCGAGGAGCUGCUGAGGAGCUCGAGGAGUCUGAACCGAGUCAUCGCAAGUUGGCGCAAGAACGACAUGAGUCGGGUGCACCGGACAGUGGGCCCAGCUUGGUUAUCACCCCGCACACCUACGAGCUCGAGGACUGGGAGUUGGUGGAGGAACGAGGCAAGCAGCUCGAAGAUGGCAUCAACCAGCUCGCUCAGACUCUCCUCGUCGCAAAGGCGGCGGAGGGUCGGCAGAGUCGGCGGCGCGAGCAGGUGGCGAACAAGGCGGCGAUCCGCGGGGGCAGCUCCAGGACACAGGUCCUAAUUCCGUUCGUUGUAGCGAUGCUGACAGUUCAGUUGUCCCUGGUCUUCGGCGACAGCGAACAGGCGGAGUUAUUUUUUCCUGGCGGCGCAGCGGAGUGGGGCGCGCGCUCUGGAGCUCUCGGGUCUGACGGCGAGGCGCCUUCGCAGCCCCACAGCUACUUCCGCGUUGUCGAUGGCAGGCGCGGGCUGGGCGGCCGCAUUUCCAGCGGCGGGUGCAGCGGAGGUCUUCUGCUGCCCCAAUCUGCAUCGAACUUCUCCGGCGCCUUCGCAGUCACAUAG